UCCAGAAGAAGAAGACUGCUGAUCAUUUAAGUAACAAUCUCCUUCACCACCACCAUCUCCAUGGCUGCUGAACCAGGCUCCUCUGGAAGCUUGAGAAUCCGAGUCGAGAACAACCUUUCGGAAGCCCGACUAUCCGAACUCAACAUCAAGUGCUGGCCCAAAUGGGGAUGCCCGCCGGGGAAGUACCAGCUGAAGUACGACGCGGAGGAGACAUGCUACAUAGUGAGAGGCAAAGUGAAGGCAUAUUACAACAGCAAUAAAAAUAGGAAAGAAAGCAAUGCAGAGGAAGCUAAAGGGAGAACAAAAACCGGACAUGCCGAGCCCCCGGCGUAUGUGGAGUUUGGAGCUGGGGAUCUCGUCACCAUCCCAAAGGGCAUCAGCUGCACUUGGGAUGUCUCCGCUGCCGUCGACAAGUUCUACAAGUUCGAGUCCUCUUCUUCUUCUUCUUCUUCUUCUUCUUCUUCGUCGUAGCAAUGGAUUCUUUCCUUUCCUUCUUCCUUCCUUCCUUCCUUCCUUCCUUCUUCUGCAUUAGUUUCUGUAUCUGCAAGAAACAUCAUUCUUUGUGCUCUAAUUCCGCAUGUCAUCAAUGUUCCAUCUCCUUCAUGAACAUCUAUCCAACAGUAAAUUUGAUCCGACAGAACCUUGAUUAUACGAUAAAUUAACUCUUAUUAUCUA